GCCCCGGUCACCGCGCACUUUGAAUGUUCUGGGCAUUUUUUCUCCGUGUCUGGAUCUCGGUUCUCCCCGCCGUCCGUGUGAUCCCCGAAGCCGCGAGGUUCCGAAUGCGGCACAAAGCAAGCAUCACUGUGUCGUCCUGUGCCAUUCAAAGGUGAAGCAGCGGCGAGGGCGGCUAGGUCGAACCAACUCCUAUUGCCAACUAUAUAUACAUAUAUAUAUACCCUGCUCCUUAUAUAUUUCUACUUCCUCUACGAUUUUUUCAACCAUCGUUAUUUUUCCUGCCAGGUAACUACAUGGAUACCUUAGUACCUCCUUCAUUCGGAGUACCGCUUUUUGUUUUGAGAAGGAGGAAAUCAGACAGGUUACCCAACCCAGGUGUAUCAAGUAAGCCGGGAAAUCUGUGGACAAACAUCAUUCGAAGCAUCCUACUUGUGACACUUUCUUUGUAUCACACCACAUCAUUUCCCAUAUCUGGUCCGCCUAAUCCUUUCUGCCCGUGUGCCAUCAGCCGGAAUCGUCUGCCUCAGCUGGCGGGUACCUUCUGCCGUUAAUAUUCCAUUUCGUAUUUUCAUUCUCGGAACUUAGAUACCAAUAUCAGCCCAAUUUCUCGAUAGUGGCUCAGGUACUGGGCUGAAGUCUGGUGUGUUCUGGGUAAGAUUAGAGCCCUGCGGGACUCAUCUGGAAGCUGAGGCGCAACUUGGCUUGGAUGGCAAACCACUCAAGCGUGAGGCCCGCCUGCCCAACUCGAGCCAAACCAGUCACUUCAAAUUAUCGUGCAUGCAUUCGUGUGUGUUCUAUCCGCGUUUAUACCACCAAGGCAAAGUGAGCUCAAGGCACUUCUAAUGAUCUACCAGCCAAAAACAAAACCACGCCCACAACCACGACCCAGGAAGGCGGUACCGAAGGUACCAGCGUGCACGGGCAUUGAGCACAGCCUCAGGGCGAACCGCGCCCAAUCAAGACCCCAUUGUUCUCGACCGCGUAGGUUUCUUGGUUUCCUCUGCGUCACCAACCAAAUCGCCAUUUCCACCCACCAGUACCGCAGCCUCGAAGCCGAACAUUGCCAGCCUCGACCUCGCAGCCCCAACUUCGCACCCACAAACGAGUCGAAUCAUUACAGCCUGCGUCUGGUGCGCGCCUGCGAGACCUCCCGACCAACUCCCGGCGCGGGAUCUCCCGCACCUCUCCCCCGGGAUACGAAACCGGCGCGCCAGUGAUUAUGGCCGUGACGGACGAGAACCUUUUCUAUCCGUCCGAGAACCUGAUUUCAAAGCAACCGCGACGCCACUUUCGGACAACCGUUUCCCCACUCCACUGGCAACUAAGGUCCCUGAUCGGCGCUGGGCCCGAUGGUGUUGUGUACUUCCCCACUGGCAUCAAUAACAUCCAUCUGCAGAAACUCGACACCAAAACGCUAGAGACCGAGACCCUCAGCGUCCUCACCUUCUCCCCUCGCUGUCUUGUAGCCAAGAAUGGGUGGGUGUGCUGCGGAGGCGAGACGGGCGAGUUCACCGCCCUCAACCUGGGGCCCUCUAGCCCAGAUACUCGCAGAGAUCCUUCGACCACACCGGAAUUCGAGCUUGAUGUUGACGCUCGCCUUCCACUGGACACCACCUCCCGACCCGACGAUUCAUUGCUGGCCCUCUUGAGGAGGUCACGCAACUCCAUUAGCCAACCAAACAAGAAGUUCGGUAGGGAGCGUGUGAACUGCAUCACACUAUGGUUCCCACAUCAGAGCGCCGGCCAACGCCGAGGCCCUUACCGGUCUCCGGUGGCGGUCCUAGCGAACAACGACAAGCAUGUCACCCUGAUCGAUCUUGAAACCCUCGACGCUCUGGACGAACUCGAGUACCCCGAACCGAUGAACCGCGCUGUCCUGUCACCCGACGGCCGCACCCUGGUAGCCGUCGGGGACGACCCAUACCUCUACGUCCAUGAGCGGACUGAGAGGACGAGCGCAUUUGGCUCGAGAACCCCCUCGACGGGACGCCCAAGGCACUACUUUUGGAAGGAAACUCGGCGGGUGCACCUCAAGAGCCAGCACAAGGACGACAGGACAGACCAGCGCGGCAGCUUCGCGGCCUGCUUCUCGAACACGGGCACUUAUCUCGCGGUGGGCACGCAGUAUGGCAUCAUCUCCAUAUUCAACACGAGCGCCUUGCUGGACACCAGCCAGGAUCCGCUCCUAGCCUUUUUUCCCUCCUCGAGACCCACCAGCCCGAAUCAACGCCCUUCGCGAGGCGCCCCCGCCACCACCUGCCCUGGGGCUGUCCGGGAGAUGUCCUUCUCACCCGGGCCUUACGAUCUACUUGCGUGGUCGGAGGAUCGUGGACGGGCUGGCAUCGCCGACGUGCGGGGCGGCUUUGUAGCCAGGCAGAUCCUGUACCUCGAUGCCCAAGACACUUUCCAGCAGUUGGAUCUGACCGUCAGGAACGCCAUCGACCCUAGCCUUCUGGAGUCCACGGCCGACCGCAGCGAUGCCCUCGCAUCGAGUUUUGAGAACAGGCUCGACCUCUCAGAGGCCAGGCGUAGCCUUAACCGCCGCCUGCAAUCAGGGGUAGAACGAUACCACUACCCACUGACGGGCGACGAGACCCAGGUUCUCGAAGCGCUGCAGGAACAUCGCAGACGCAGGGAACAGAGAGCGGCAGCUGCCCGUGAGCUUCUCUUGAGCUCACGUAGCCAGCUGUCCUCUUCGCUUUCCCGGCUAGGCGCUCGGACGGCGGCUGGCACCACAGGCACAGCUCCCGGCUCGAGCACAGCAGCUGCGCCGACGGCAGUCCCGCGACCUCGCGACCGGACAGGGGACCGAGGCUCUACGGAGGGGAGAGGUGCGGACUGGGCCCGGGCGUCGCGUGACCACAUUGAGCAACUGAUCGAGAAUAUGUCAAGUGUCGCCGGCUUCUCUGACGCCUUCCGGCGCCAAGAGUCACCGAGACCACGGGAGGACAGCCGAAGGGAGGCCGGGAUGCCAGGAUAUAGGCACCUGUACAGAGAGCUGCUCGAUCGCUUCGCGCGAGAAACCGACGACGAUAUUCUGUCUGGCGUCGGUCACGGUUCCACCUCGACUAAUGCUGGUAUUCUCGCCAGCGCGACCGUGCGUGCCACCAUCCGCGCAGCGGCGGCCGGCGAGGGCGCCGGAGUGGCUGAUGGGGCCCCAGCCGAUGGUGCUGGCAGCAGCGGUAGCGGCAGCAGCUCGGUCGUUCCCGACAGCGGGGCCGCCUCGACACGUGCCGGUCUGUCCCUGCCGCGGCUGAGCAGGUCUCAGAUUAUGGGCCCAUACAACGUACCGUCAGCCGGGUACAGGGACUGGACCGAGCCGGGUGUCCUCUACGGAAUUUCCUCGGGCGGAACCGACGGGGUCGAUGGGCCUUCGACGGCGGUCGCGGACAGGACUGGCGGCAGAGGUCCCAUGGCUUGGGAGUCAUUACUGACCCAGGUGGCAAUGCGGACGGAUGGGCGCGACCAGGACUAUAGGACCAACGAGCUGGCCUCGCCUGACGAGACCGCCGGCCUUUCCUGGAGUGAAGAUGGGUCCUUAUUAUAUGUCGGAGCCGAGAAUGGCAUCUACGAGUUCCGAGUGAACAUUGCGUCGCGAAAGCUGUUGCCUAGCAUAACACUGCGAUGAGGAUUGCUGGACCUUAGCGCGGUUAAUACAACUGUAUUUGUGGGGAGGGAAGAAAAUGUACAGAUGGAUGGAUGUAUGAAGCAUGCGCAUUGCCGAUGGCCUAUUUAUUUUUGAUUUGUUUUGCUCUUGGGGCACGUUUAGCGAUAUCAAGCAGUAGCCCCUUUAUGUGUCUGCAUUAUCAAAUUUGGUUUACGGGCCACCUGAAAUGUGACGAAAUGGCCUAAGAAAGGGUGAACAAUGAAGUACUUAGGUAGCCUGUAUGUGUACCUACACCUGGGCUUACUUGUACAGUAGCUGCUCAACCAUCUCGCCGAUGGCGAGGCAGCUCGUCAGACCCGGGCUCUCGAUGCCGAGCAGGUUGACCCAGCCCUGCAGGCCGUCCUCCUUGCGGACGACAAAGUCGACGAAUCCGCUGCCGGACGCGACGGCGCCCUUGCGGCCCAGCUUUGGCCUGACGCCGGCGUAGUCGGGCGCCAGGGCGGCCUCGUCGACGCCCAGGAGGUACUUUUUGAUCUCGCGCACGGCGUCAGGAAGACGGGCCGGAUUGACGGCCAGGUCGUCGGGCGAGUAGACCCACUCGACGUCCGGGCCGAAGCGGAUGCGGCCGGCCAUGUCGAGCG